AUGACGUUUUAUGUGGGGCUGCAGGCCGAGGACGGGCACUGGACGGGUGAUUAUGGUGGCCCGCUCUUCCUCCUGCCAGGCCUCCUGAUCGUGUGCCACAUGGCACAUAUCCCUCUGCCAGCUGGAUACCGAGAAGAGAUUGUGCGGUACCUGCGGUCAGUGCAGCUCCCUGAUGGUGGCUGGGGCUUGCAUCUUGAGGACAAGUCCACAGUGUUUGGGACUGCGCUCAACUAUGUGUCUCUCAGAAUUCUGGGCAUCGGGCCAGAUGAUCCUGACCUGGUACGAGCCCGGAACCUUCUUCACAAGAAAGGUGGAGCUGUGGCCAUCCCCUCCUGGGGGAAGUUCUGGCUGGCUGUCCUGAAUGUUUAUAGCUGGGAAGGCCUCAACACCCUGUUCCCGGAGAUGUGGCUAUUUCCUGACUGGGUGCCUGCACACCCCUCCACGCUCUGGUGCCACUGCCGGCAGGUCUACCUGCCCAUGAGCUACUGCUAUGCCACCCGUCUGAGUGCCUCGGAGGACCCGCUGGUCCAGAGCCUCCGCCAGGAGCUUUACGUGGAAGACUUUGCCAGCAUUGACUGGCCGGCGCAGAGGAAUAACGUAGCCCCUGGAGAUGUGUACACGCCGCACAGCUGGCUGCUCCGUGCAGUUUACGCGCUCCUCAACCUGUAUGAGCGCCACCAUAGUGCCAGUCUGCGGCAGCGGGCUGUCCAGAAGUUGUAUGAGCACAUCGUGGCUGAUGACCGCUUCUCCAAGAGCAUCAGCAUUGGCCCGAUCUCGAAAACCAUCAAUAUGCUCGUGCGCUGGUAUGUGGAUGGGCCGUCCUCCUCCUCUUUCCAGGAGCACAUCUCCAGGAUUCCUGAUUACCUCUGGCUGGGCAUCGAUGGCAUGAAGAUGCAGGGCACCAAUGGCUCACAGAUCUGGGACACCUCAUUCACCAUCCAGGCUCUGCUGGAGGCGGGUGCGCACCACAGGCCUGAGUUUUCCUCCUGUCUGCAGAAGGCGCACGCAUUCCUGCGGCUCUCACAGAUCCCAGAUAGCCUUCCUGACUACCAAAAGUACUACCGCCAGAUGAGCAAGGGCGGCUUCUGCUUUAGCACGCUGGAUAGUAGUUGGAUUGUCUCUGACUGCACAGCCGAGGCCUUGAAGUCCGUGCUGCUUCUGCAGGAAAAGUGUCCCUUUGUCACUGAGCAUGUGCCCCGAGAGCGGCUCUGCGAUGCUGUGGCUCUGUUGAUGAAUAUGAGGAAUCCUGAUGGAGGGUUUGCAACCUACGAGACCAAGCGUGGGGGGUACCUGCUGGAGCUGCUGAACCCCUCGGAGGUCUUUGGAGACAUUAUGAUCGACUAUACAUAUGUGGAGUGCACCUCGGCCGUGAUGCAGGCACUGAAGCAUUUCCACAAACACUUCCCUGACCACAGGACAGAGGAGAUCAGGGAGACCCUCGAGCAGGGCCUGGAGUUCUGUCGGCGGAAGCAGAGGGCUGACGGCUCCUGGGAAGGCUCCUGGGGGGUUUGCUUCACCUAUGGCACCUGGUUUGGCCUGGAGGCUUUUGCCUGCAUGGGGCAGACUUACCGAGACGGGGCUGCCUGUGCAGAGGUCUCCCGAGCCUGCGACUUCCUGCUGUCUCGGCAGAUGGCGGAUGGAGGCUGGGGAGAGGAGUUCAAGUCCUGUGAGCAACAGCGUUAUGUGCAGAGUGCACAGUCCCAGAUCCACAACACAUGCUGGGCCCUGAUGGGGCUGAUGGCCGUCAGGCAUCCUGAUGUAGCAGCCCAAGAGAGAGGAGUCAGGUGUCUGCUUGAAAAACAGCUCCCCAAUGGUGACUGGCCCCAGGGCAACCUCGCUGGGGUCUUCAACAAGUCCUGUGCCAUCACCUACACGAACUACAGGAACAUCUUCCCUAUCUGGGCCCUCGGCCGCUUCUCUCACCUGUAUCCUGAGAGAUCCCUUGCUGGCCACCCUUGAGAGCAUGCCUGCCUGUCCUGGGCUGGCCGGUGGGUGGCAGGCACAGGAUCCUGUGGGGCUGCUGAGCGCUGGCAUCACAUAUGUUCUAGGCAAGGCUGAGCUAUCUCUGCCGGGUGCUGGGAGUCCUCCCAUAGCCACACCUUGGGCUCCAGUUCCCCUCAUUCUUUGCUUCUGCAGGUGUGAAUCUGGGAACCAGGCCCGAGGCAGGGAUGGGGCAGAGUUGGCGUCUUUAGAUACUUAGUUUUCUUAGGUUUAGUUCUGCAAAUAGCUUGUCAAUCUUGGGGGAGGAGAGGAACAAGGUGGGCUGUGACAGCUGAGGCAGCACAGAGCAUCCCACAGUACCUGGGCGCACGUCCUCCCAGUGAGUGGUGGGAUAGGGUUUCUUGACCAAUAACCUAGUUCUUGGAAGAGGAGUGGGUGUUCCUGGCCUGCUUCCUGCCUGGUGCUGUUGGGGAGGGUGCUCUGGGCUGGCUCACCCCUAGUUCGGCUGCUCUUGCAUCUUCUGUCUGCUGGGCUGAGGGAAGUGAUGGUGGCUGCAUAACAAUGUCACAUGCAGUGUGUUUCCGUGAGCUGCCCAGUGGGGAGUGGGGUGGGGUCCCCUUGUUCUGCAAUGUGGAGAUCUGAGCAUGGCACCAAUCCUGCCCCCAGACCAUAAGCUCGCCCACGUAGCCUUGCAGUUCAGCCAGUUUGUGGGUGCCAGCAUCAGCGCCUCUGGGGUUUGUAGUUGUUGAGACAGAACGCACCCAGAGGCCGAGAGUAACAGGGAUGGGGUAGAGGGGGGCCAUGGUGGUUGCUGCAUGUGGCACUGCUGUGUGCCAGGACAGUGGGCACCCACCAGGCCAGCUGGGUAGUGUGACACCCUUGAGACCCAGGCAGAUGCCCAGGGCACCCCCAGGGCUGCUGCCAGCCCCUGUCAUGGGGACAUGCUCUGAGCUGAAGCAAGGGCCAGGUUUCUGGGGUGAUACCUCUCGGCACACCUGGAUUCCCUUCAGUCUCUGAACCCUGUCUGGUCUGGCUGGUGUGGAUACAGGGCUAAGGAUAGGAAAUUCGGGUCCUGGCUUUGCCUUUGACACAUGUGGAUGAGCAGCUCAUGUGCUCAGGGCUAUUCUCCUCUGGCUGUUGUGAGGGGCCACCAGUGCUCUGAUGAGCACAAGACCCAGGCCUAGUGUCAACUCUGCUGCCCUGACUGGCUCUGCGCCCAUCCUAGGGCCCAGCCCAGCUCCUCAGUCUCUUCCUCUCUACCCCCACUACCUCCUAGGUAGGUGGCAGCCCCUAGCCUCUCCCCUGACCCACCAUCCUCCUCAGACAGCCAGAGUGCUAUGUCUGGGUUUCCCUCUGAUCCUGUCAUUCCCUGCCUGGACCCUUCAGGUCCACCCCUCUGCCGUGGUGCAGGGUCCAGGGCCCUCACUGAGGCUUUGUGCCGCCUGGUCCUCCUGCCCGGCUCUCGUGGCCCCGUGUGCUGCUGCCGGCUCUCCCUCCUCAGGGCUGUGGCUCGGGCUGUUCCUUCCACCGGCCUCUCACCCUCUGCCCCAAGGUGGUCUCAUCCUCCCCUAAGCCCUGCAGGGCCCGGUCAAGCUGUGUAUGUGCAGGUAAUAUCUAGCAGGUGCCUGUCGAGUGUCAACACUUUACCCAUACAUUCUUAAAUGAGGGGUUUUUUGGCUGCAGGAGCUGUAUGGAGUCCCUUUGGAAUCCGCUGGGUUUGCUCUUGCUCUUUGGGCUCAUGUGUUGCCCCCCACUGGGGCAGCAGCAGACGGACUGUAACUGUCCAGGUCUGCCCCUCGUGUGGCCGCUGUCCCCAGAAACCCCAGCCAUGACCAAAGCACUGUACAAAACAUGAAUUUCCAGAAAGGAAAUAUAAACCCGUUUUAUACUGAAAAUGUUGUUAAAAGUUACUUAUGUGGCCAGUUACCUUAAUAAACAGACAUUUGACUCCCUGAGGCAGAA